AAAUGGUAUUGUCUCGUUUACUCCCCGCUGAACUGAAGUAACGAAAACAGUGACGUCGCGCAUUCAAGAAUAUUGAUUGCACUUCCCGACCUGUUUCGAAGGGUUCGAACAGUAGUUUUUGUCAACAUCGAACACCGUUUUCACUCGGUCGCGGCCUCAAAAAGUUCGCGGUCUUCUGACUGUUGUUUUGUUUUGGCUCCUGUGUUUCGUCAGCGCUCGCAUGCUCGUGUGGAAAAGGGAAAGAGGGGGAAAAUACGCGCCAGUGUUGCAGUCAUCGGACAAAAAUAACGGACAACAGUGGGAAGGUAAAGAGCGCCAAAGCAGUCCGCCUAAAAAGUUUUUCCCGCAUAAAAUUCUGCUUUCGCACGGGACACGGGUCAUCGCCAACAGUCAUCAGCUCCAGAUAAGAGUACGAACGGUGCUAAAAAUUGAUUAUGUGCAGGAAUUUAACGAGGAUUGUCCUAAAAUGAAUACGGUUCUGAACUACUUCGGGCGGCAGUACGGAAAUGGAUUUACAGCUUCUUACGAUUCGGCGAUGUUGCGACUGGCCGUCCACGAGCAAGACAGCUGGAAGGGAAUCACACCAUCGUUGUUGACGUCCGACUUUAAUCCCUCGCCGCCUAUUUUGGCAGCGAAGUUCGCCAAAUGCGAGGGCCAAGAGCACAUUUUGGCCAUUGCCAACGAGGACGGAAAGAUUGCCCUCCAGGAUACCAAUCUGAAGAAUGAAGAACAAGGUGGUGAGCGGGCCCUGGAGGGAAAACAGUGCCACAUGAAUGCCGUGUUCGAUAUCGAGUGGAUGCCGGGCCAUAUGAGCCUGGUGUCGGCUUCCGGGGACCACACGGCGCGGUUGUUCACGGUGACGGAAUCCAGUUUGGAAUGUAUGCGGAUAUUCAACGGCCAUUCGCGAUCGGUGAAGACGGCGGCGUUUAGACGGACAGAUCCGGCAGUCUUCGCGACUGGAGGACGCGAUGGAGUGAUAGUGCUGUGGGAUUCGAGGGCUUUCUUCGGGUCGAACAUGGCACCGAGGGCGGACAACUGUAUCAUUAGUGGUCAUGCCGGAGGGCCGGGAACACCCUCUGGGUAUCGAAAGAGAACGAGAGCGACGCCAAAGAUUCCACCGAAUGUUUGCAGUAGUAGCAUCACCGGGCUUGCGUUUCAGGACGACAACACGUUGAUUUCCUGUGGUGCCGGAGACGGGAUCGUAAAAGUGUGGGAUGUUCGGCGGCAUUAUUCUAGCCAUAAUCGAGAUCCGUUACCGAAGUAUAGCUUUCCUUACGCUGGCACAACGACUUUAAAGGGAUUCACGAAUUUGUUAAUCGACCAUUCUCGGAUGCGGUUGUAUGUGAACUGCAUGGACAAUCACAUUUACAGUUACAAUAUUUCAACCUAUGCGACUGAACCGAUUCAAAAGUACAGUGGUUUAAAGAACGAUACGUUCUACAUCAAAGCAUAUCUUAGUCCUGAUGGGCAGUACCUGAUUAGUGGGUCGAGUGAUGAGAAGAGCUACAUUUGGAAUGUGGACAACCCUAAACCGUUAGCGCGACUGAUCGGCCACACGGUGGAAGUGACCAGCGUAGCAUGGAUGCAAACGCAAACCGAAACCCGAAUUGUGACCUGCAGCGACGACGCUAGGCACAAAAUCUGGAGAGUCGGGCCGGAGGAGAUCGACGAGGACACCAAGGUGCAAUACAGGGGGCAUGCAGAAUAUUGUGAUAGUUACCGCCAGCAAUCGGCCAAAGUGCGUCUAAAAUCGCUGGAAUUUACUCCACGAUCCAUUCGAAGGCUGGUUGAACAGAAUGAGAAGACUCCUAAUACCGUUGAGAAGAAGCCUACCACAAAAAGGACGUUCACUGAAAUGAACGGACACGGCAUGGAAGAUCCUUCCACAUCCUACAUAGAAAUCAAACGACCCAAUAUCGAAACCCGUGGACGACGUCUAUUCAGCCCUGCCAAUCCUAACUCGAAAUCUUCCGGAUUCGCGGCCCUGGAAAUCGCUUCGUCGUCCGCUUCUUCUCGUAGCUUGACUACGGUACUCGAGGAAAGUGAAGAACAAUCCCCCUCGCAGUGCAAAUCCCCUCUCACAAUGUCGGAUCUAAAUCUCAAAUCUCCAGAGCCGGGGGAACCCUCGAGCUCGAGCAAACUGCCCAACGGCCUCUUGUCACCCACCAUCAACCUGCCGAAUUUCGUCCUUGACGGGGACGCCCCACACCUUGUCAACGUCAACAAG